UAGCUCGUUUGAAAUGCAGACCUGAUGUAAAAUAAGUCUGUACAUAAAAUGUAACUUGUUGUAAAGAUAUGUGCAUUAAAUCGUCCCGAGCCUCUAGUUUUUCUUGAGUUUGUGCAAACUACAUGCCAAAACAAAUCAGUCAUAGAGCGCGUUCACAUUUUGCAUUGCUUUGCUGUUCAUUUAGUAAUAAACGGGUAAUAAUUCAGGCGUCAAUAUGCAAGAUCCUGUGCAAGUGGACGUUCAAAACGUCUCAACCGCUAAGCGAGUUUCAACGGCGUCAAAUAUAGGGAAAUGGUACCAAUGUUUUGGACUUAUAAAACAGAACUUGUUGGUGAUUCUGACGUUUGUCGGCGUCGGCGUCGGAUUCCUUAUCGGCUUUCUGGUGGAGCCGCAUCGCCCCUCACAGAGCGCUCUCAUGUGGAUCGGUAUGGCAGGGGAGCUGUACAUCCGGAUGUUGAAGAUGAUGAUUGUACCACUGGUCAUCUGCAGCGUCAUCACAGGCACCUCCCGAAUGGACCCACGGUCGAAUGGAAAGGUGGGCGGCAUAGCCUUGGGCUACAUCAUAGUACAGAACCUGCUGGGGGCCAUCACAGGAGCCGUCAUAUGCCUCGUCGUGAAACCCGGAGAGGGGAUACUGGUAGACCCAAAACUGACUGUUGAACAGGACAUUAUGGAGACAGAAGAUAUAUUUGCAGACCUGCUCAGGAACCUUGUUCCGGACAAUCUGCUCGAGGCCUGUUUUCAACAGGCACAGACCCAGUACAAGUACGCCACGCGUACGGAGGUCGUCAACAACGGAACGUUUAACGUAACGCGAAACGUCAGGGACGUCACGCAGAAAUACGUUGGAUCAGCACACUCUACCAACAUUCUCGGGCUCAUUAUCGUGUGUUCCGUGUUCGGAGUUGCGGCAGCGGCGCUUCGAGAGCAGGGUGCGCCCUUCCUCGCCUUCUUCCGGUCUGCGACGGACACCAUAGUUAAAAUACUCAGGGUUAUCAUUUGGACGACGCCCGUUGGAAUAGUCAGUCUGAUUGCCAAAACCAUCGCCUCCACCAGUGCCGUGACAUCUGUCUUCGAGAGUCUUGGUAUCUACUUCCUGUGCGUCAUUGGCGGCCUCCUUGUUUGGAUCUUCGUUUUACUUCCGCUUGUCUUCUUCGCAUUCCGUCGCUCCAACCCGUUUCGCUUCCUGGGCAGCAUCAUACCACCAAUAAUGAUUGCGUUUGCAACCGGUAGCACGAUGAUUGCGCUACCGGAAAGCUUCUUUUGCCUGGAAGCGAAGAAUGGCGUCGACAAUCGGAUAUCGAGAUUUGUGGCGCCCCUGGCGGCUACCAUCGGACGCGCCGGAAGUGCCUUGUACAUAGCGGCAUCUUGCGUGUUCAUUAUUCAGACGCUGGGAAAAGACACCCAUGCUGUAGAUAUCAUUCUUGUAAUCCUGCUAACGUGGAUCUCCGCUCUCGCGAUUCCCUCGGUCACCGGGGCGAGCUUGAUCACCGUCCUCAUCCUCCUCACCGCCCUCAACAUACCGGGGGAGGCGGCCACCAUGCUGUUUGCGUUGGAAUUCUUCCUCGACAGAUCUAGGACUGUUGUGAACCUCGUGGAUCAGCUAACCGGUGUCAUGGUGAAUGAUAAAUUCUGCGCCUCAGACCUGGGUGCACGCGAUGACGCCAUGGGUGACGAAUUGUCCUUACACGACACCACGUCAGAGGCUGAAACACCUGCAGCGAAAUCCCUGGAAAAUAAUUAUGUUGCGACGAAACUUUAAAUUGUAAACGACUAAUUGUAAAUACGCCUUUGUAUGUUUUAUGAAUUAUGCCAUUUGUAUUGACGUUGUAAAUAUAAACAGUUUAUACAUGUACUGCAUACAAAGAAUAGCAUGUCAGUCUUGAAUUUUACGUAAAAUGUCUUAUAUGGUGUACUAUUAUAUGUGUUUGUUAUAGAAGCAAAUAUAAGUACGUGCACAUGUUAUCAAUCAAAUACAUAACAUCUGUGUCAUAUUUAGAAAACAGAAAAGUACAUUUAUAUCCAAGGAAGUCCGCGUGUUAUUUAAAGUGCGCGGUGUCUCCCGGCGUUACUAUUUUAUAAACGGCGUAAAGAGUCUUCGCUUUGUAAUAUAUCACUUCGAGAAUAAAGGGACUUGUUCACAGAUUGGGAAAUGUUUUGAAUGUGUCUGUAAAUGCAUUUAAUUACUAGAGUUUAACUGAAGAACUGUAUAGCUUCAUUAUAAUAAAAACGAACAGAAUUAACGAAAGAAGUGCCCAUUGGUAAAAAAAGGCUCAUACCUAAACCACUUGGCCAUCUGUACUGUUAUGUUCUGACAGACGUUUUAUAUUUCAUGUGACUUAUCCACCUGUUGUAACAAAAAUAAACUAAAAAAGCGAUGAUUCGAAAUUCUUUAAUCGUGUCACGUUUGCAACGAUUUAUACAUUUAUUAAUUUCAAUUGAUAUUAAUUUAUAUACGACGUAGUAUUUGUUUUAUGAAUUUCCGCCAUUAAUUGAACUUCUCUCUCUGAUUUUAUAUGAGUGUGUUAAUAUUCCCGACGCGUCUUUUCUCUAUGAAUUUAUUUAAUGCCGAAUUAAAUAAUAUACAUUUUUCUAAUAUUAAACAAUACACAUGCGCAAAUACUGUGAACUAAAAGAGAACAUGAUAUUACUACAUAAAAUAACUCAAACGUCACGUAAAUAAACAAACAAUUUGUUGACGGUUUGCCUUCGAUUAAUUUUUGACGAUGCUGCGAAGCAGGUCGUCUAAGUUAUCAUACCAUGGAAAAAAAAUUCACAAUGGCAACCUAUGUAAAAGACCGAGCCAGUCCGAUUGAGAUAGCUCGAUUUUUCUAAUCGGCAUACCUCGCUGAUUAUCAUUGAUAAAGGUAAAGGAAGCUCAGCUAUAAAUAGGACAGCAUAUUCUGGGAAAAAAGUUUAAUAAUAGUUUGAAAACGUUAAUUUUAAUCAGUUAUAUUCAAUCCAUUAUAUGUUUGUAGAUCAAUGAAACAACUAUGCAUUUUCUGUAUUGUAUUUGACAUGUGUCGUGAUUCAGUAAAUAAAUUGCGAAUUAAUA